CGAGGGCCAAGAGAUGGCGCCAAACCGCUCACGUACCGCGGUUCCCGGGCUAAGGACUGGGCUUAUUUUUUCAGAGCACUUCAGAGGUUACUUUCUCUUCGGAGAAGGAAGUCUUGUCUUAUUUCUAGAGCUUGAACCCAAGUGAAAAUGCUGUGGAGAAAAUGGUAAUGACCCUUUGGGAUAGCGGUUGCAACAUGACCCGAGACAGAGAACCCGUUCUGGGAAGUUUUCAUUUUGUUUGCAUCCUGGCCUUCAUAGUCAGAAGCAUGAUCCAGUUCUCUGAGUCACUUGAGUUCACGGUAGACUAUUCAAACAGGAACCUUACUCAUGUCCCCAAAGACCUGCCACCAAGAACAAAAGCCUUAAAUCUGUCUCAAAACUCUAUACUCGAGCUUCAGGUGUCUGACGUCAGCUUUCUGGCAGAGCUGAGGGUUCUGAGACUCUCCCAUAACAGAAUCCAGAGACUUGAUUUCGGUGUGUUCAAGUUCAACCCAGAUUUAGAAUACCUGGACGUCUCCCACAAUCAGUUGCGGGACAUCUCUUGCUGUCCUGUGGUGAGCUUGAAGCAUUUAGACCUCUCAUCUAACGACUUUGACGUGCUGCCCGUGUGUAAAGAAUUUGGCAAGUUGACAAAGCUGAGUUUCUUGGGAUUAAGUGCUACGAAGUUCCGACACCUGGAUCUGCUGCCUAUUGCUCACUUGCACCUAAACUACAUUCUUCUGGACUUAGUGGGCUAUCAUGGAAAAGACGGCGAGAGAGAAAGUCUUCAGGUUCUGAACACCAAGGCCCUCCACUUGGUCUUCCAUCCAAAUAGCUUGUUCUCUGCGGAGGUGAACAUAUCUGUGAAUGCCUUGGGAUGUUUACAACUGAGUAAUAUUAAAUUGAAUGAUGGACACUGUCAAAGGUUAAUUACGUUUUUAUCAGAACUCACCAGAGGUCCAACCUUAUUAAAUCUGACUCUCCAGCACAUGGAAACAACCUGGAAAUGCUUGGUUCAACUUUUCCAGUUCCUUUGGCCCCGACCGGUGGAGUACCUCAACAUUUACAACUUAACCAUAGUUGAGAGCAUCAAUAACGAAAUUUUUAUUUACUCCGAGACGGUACUGAAGGCAUUGACCAUCGAGCAUGUGACAAACCAGGUGUUCAUCUUUUCAAAGGAGGCACUGUACUCCGUGUUUGCUGAGAUGAACAUCGGGAGGCUGACCAUCUCAGACACGCCGUUCAUCCACAUGCUCUGCCCUCCGUCCCCAAGCACGUUUGUGUUUCUGAACUUCAGCCAGAAUGUUUUCACCGACAGUGUUUUCCAAGGCUGCUCCACCUUAAAGAGAUUGGAGACGCUUAUCUUACAAAAGAACGGCUUGAAGAACUUUUUCAAGGUAGGUCUCAUGACUAAGAAUAUGUCCUCUCUGGAAACUCUGGACGUUAGUCUGAAUUCCUUGGACUCUGGCGCACACGAAGGAACAUGCACUUGGGCUGACAGCAUACUGGUGCUAAAUUUGUCUUCAAAUGUACUUACUGAUUCUGUCUUCAGAUGCUUGCCUCCCAAGGUCAAGGUCCUUGACCUUCACAACAACAGAAUAACGAGCAUCCCCAAAGAUGUCACCCACCUGCAAGCUUUGCAGGAACUCAACGUUGCAUCCAAUUCUUUAACGGACCUUCCUGGAUGCGGGGCCUUCAGCAGCCUCUCUGUGCUGGUCAUUGAGCAUAAUUUGGUUUCCCACCCCUCAGCAGAUUUCUUUCAAAGCUGUCAGAAGAUUAGGUCCAUAGCAGCAGGGAACAACCCAUUCCGAUGUACAUGUGAGCUGAGAGAAUUUGUCAAAAACAUCGGCCGAGUAUCAGGAGAAGUGGUCGAGGGCUGGCCUGAUUCUUACACGUGUGACUCCCCAGAAAGCGCUAAGGGGACCCCACUGCAGGACUUCCACAUGUCUGCAUUGUCCUGUGAUACUGUUCUGCUGAUUGUCACCAUCGGGGUCACUUUGCUGCUGUUGGCUGCCAUCGUGGUUUUCCUCUGCCUCCGCUUUGAUCUGCCCUGGUAUCUGAGGAUGGUGUUUCAGUGGACACAGACCCGGCACAGGGCCAAGAACAUCCCCAUAGAGGAACUCCAGAGGAAUUUCCAGUUUCACGCUUUUGUCUCAUACAGUGAGCAUGAUUCCACCUGGGUGAAGAAUGAAUUACUACCAAACCUAGAGAAAGAUGGCAUACGGGUUUGCCUCCAUGAGAGAAACUUUGUCCCUGGCAAGAGCAUUGUGGAGAAUAUCAUCCAUUUCAUCGAGAAGAGUUACAAGUCCAUCUUCGUGUUGUCUCCCCACUUCAUCCAGAGUGAGUGGUGCCAUUAUGAACUCUACUUUGCCCAUCACAAUCUCUUCCAUGAAGGGUCUGAUAACUUAAUCCUGAUCUUACUGGAGCCCAUCCUCCAGGACAACAUUCCCAGUAGGUAUCACAAGCUGCGGGCUCUCAUGGCACGGAGGACUUACUUGGAAUGGCCUACAGAGAAGGGCAAACAUGGGCUCUUUUGGGCCAACCUGAGAGCUUCUUUUAUUCCAAGGUUAUCGUUAGUCAAUGAAGAAGAUGUGAAGACUUGAAGCUUGGAUUUCCCACUUAAUAAUCUGUCAACUUGGAUUCUGAUGAGCACUGUGGUUUUAAGUCCAUAUCUGGGGGUACUUCUUGUAUGGUGUCCUGGUUUGGCUUCUGUGACCAUGAUAAACAACAUGACCAAAAGCAUCCUGUGGAAGAAAGAGGGUUUUUUUUGGCUUAUGGUUGUGGUCUCCCAUGAAGGGAAGUCAGGGCAGGAACUCAGAGCAGGAAUCUGGAGACAGGAACUGAAGCAGAGACCGUGGAAGAAUGCUGCUUCCAACCUUGCUCUCUGAAUCUUGUUCAAUGUGCUUUCUUAUAGCACUGAGGAGCACCUGCCCUGGGGUGGCACCACUCACAGUGGCCUGGACCCUCCCACAUCAAUAUUAAUCAAGAAAAUUCCCCCCCCCAAGCUUGCCUGCAGGCUAAUCUGAUUGAGAUAUUUUCUCAAUUGAAGUUCUUUCUUCCCAAAUGUGACCCUAGCUUGUGACAAGUGUACAAAACAAAACAAAACAAAACAAAACAAAACUAACACCUAUGGUUUGGAGAUAAAACGUCCCCAAAGGCUUCUGCUUGGAGGCCUUGGGGGGAAAUCUAAUAGUGCUAUUUAUAAGUAGUUUAUGAAGGUGCUAACUUAAUCAAUGGACUUACCCACUGCUGAGUUCACAGCUGAAUGGACAAGGAGGAUGGGGGCCCUAAUUGUAGGAAGUAGGUCAUUAGGUUCAUGUCUCUGAAGGCUGUGUUUUCUUCAAGACUCAUUUUUCUUACUGUUCUUAAGUCAGUGUUGGAGCAUAUGUAGUUCAGUUAGUCCCUGAGCUCAGUGUGACCCUUCUGCCUCAGCCUCCCAAGCGCUGUGUGACAGGGAUGAACCACCACAGUUAGCUUAUGAGUGUGCUCUCUCUCCCCCACCCCCUUCUCUCUGCCUCCUCAUCAUCAUAAGGUGAACCACCCCUCCAUCACAUACCCCCACUGCCAUGAUACUCUGCAUGCCCGCAGGUCCCCAAGCCAGGGACUCAGGUGAACCUGGACAGAAGCCAUGAGCGUUUUCUCCUUUGUUUACACGAGGUCUUCAGUCACAGUGGCACAAAGCUGACAGACCCAGCUUCUGUCUCCUUCAUGUCUUUGACAGAGAGUAGAUGAAAGCGUUGAUGCCACUGAACUACGAGAUGCGGCUGAGGGAUGGGUGUGGCGCUCAUUUUGUUAGUCAGAGGCAGUUCAGUCUCAUCUGGCUUAGCUGUCUGCUCUCAUGUCGACACAGUCCUUUUUAAGUAAAUGCUCCAUCAUCCAUAGAGCGUUCCUGCCCCCUCCUCCUUUCCCAGAUGGACUCAGUGUGAGCAGGAGUCUACGUGGCUUCAUGUUAGCAAGAAAGAGGGCAACGGUAUGUCCUCAGAGAGUCCUGUAGAUCCUUGUUGGCCUUUGACUUUCCUCUCCUGUGUGUGUGUGUAGGAGAUUGGUAAAAGUUUCUGAACAGCAGUUUGUCAGUAGGCAUGAAGAGCUGAAGCACGUUCACAGGUUUAGAGAAAAAAAAUCUCCACUGAUGCUAUAAAAAUGUGGUGGAAUUAUUGUGGACUUAAUGUUUUUCUUUUCACUUAUUUGUGUGUUCUUAUUUUUCUUAAAAGAGUUUUAUUUGGUUAAUAAAAAUUGAAAUUACUAAGAACUUUCAUUUGAGAAAAACAUAGAUACAGAUAUUUGAUCUUGUUGUAGGAAAGAACUUUAAAAAUAUCAAAGUAGCAGGGCAUAUGCCUUUAACCCUGUCCUCGGGAAGCAGAAGAGGACAGAUCUCUGCGUUUGAAGCUAACCUGGUUUACACAGCGAGACUCUAUCUCAAAAACAAACAAAUAAAAUGCCAUAGGCAUGCUGGGGCCAGUGUCUCUGUCCAGGUUUCUAUUACUGUGAAAAGACGUCAUGACCAUGGCAACUGCUAUAAAGAAAAACAUUUCAUUGAAGCUGGCUUACAGUUUCAGAGGUUUAGUCCAUCAUCAUCACCAUGGCAGGAAGCAUGGCUGCACACAGGCAGACAUGGUGCUGGAGGGGUAGCUGAGAGUCCUGCAUCUGGAUGAGCAGGCAGCAGGAAGAGAGAGUCACAUUGGGUCUAGCUUGGGCAUCUGAAACCUCAAAGCCCACCUUCAUGACAUACUUUCUCCAGCAAGGCCACACCUACUCCAACAAGGCCACCCCUUCUAACAGUACCACUCCCUGUGGGCCUAUGGGGUCCAUUUUCAUUCAAACCACCACAGCCAGCUUCUAAAGACUGGUCAUGGCCAACUGCUAAAUAUCCAUCAAUUCUGCAGCCAGAUCAGCUGGCAGCCAGAAUCAGCUGUGGAGGGAACGCUGGCAUUCCAAAUAUCAACAAAUGCUACAAACCUGAGUCUUGUUAAGUUCAUCAGCACUCAACUGAAUGGCAGCAACAACCAUGGAAAUCUAUUGAUAUAAAAUAUGUAGAUCCAUUGUUUCAAAAAAAAAAAUCAUGAAGUAGAAAGAUGAGCGGGGAGUGAAAUGUCUGCACAGAGUUGGAAGGGCCAAUGUCAGUAACAUAAUGGAGAAUGUACAAUAAGGUACUAAACUAUGAUCCCAGUAUGAAAACAGUUAUAUCAGGUGAACAAAUAAUUCACUGGAGAGCUACAAACUGUCACUGAACAGGAAAACAGCUCAGUGAUACAAUAAAGUGAAAAAGAAACAAUUAGGAAGCAUUGCUGCACAUCCUGAAGGGGAGAGACUCUGCCCAGCCCACACAUGACAAACCUAAGUGUGGUCAGAAGACGCCCCUGGUGUGGCAUUUUCAGUUCUGUGAUUAUAGGUGAUGAUGUGUUAAUGGGCUACACCUGCUUUUAGGUGUGUUUCCAGGUCUUGAAUGUUUGAUGCCAUUGCUAUUACAGCAGGGUGGUGGGCGUUUCCCCCCUUUGAAGUGGUACUGGAGAUCCUGCCUCCACGCACACGCUACUCAAUGAGAAGAUGCCCAGAUAAAACCAGAAGUUAUCCAAACAAGCAGACCCAAAAAUCACAACACAGGGACACAAGAAGCAUGGGAAAGCAAAGCAACACAGCCCUUCAAAAGAUCAGACGAGAGAGGUGAACUGUGGAAUACAAAGAUACCGAAAUGGUGUCGCGCCCCUGGUGACUGACCACGUUCCCGUGAAAGACCACACAUCCAUGAGUGUUUGAGCAACUUAAAAUGGUCUUGAAGAAUCUUCUUGAAAGGACACAGAGUUGAGUAGUUAGGGAAGGGGAGUGGGUCUGGGAAGAGUCGGGGGAUGAAUUUGAUCAAUACACAUUGUACAAAACUUUCAGUGAACUAGUAGGAAUUUAAAAGCUACUGAAGAUAAUAAAAUGCAAGGUAAGGAAGCAACAGAGAAGAAAACGUCAGCCACAGGGGUGAGGAAAAUUAGCAAUAUGGACGAAAAAGCUAACAACAUGGAAGAAGAUUCGGCAAGGGAAGCAAGAUUCUGAAAAAAGCUGGGAAUGACGAGAUUCAAUACAUCAAAUGGAAACACAGUGGAGGGUGUCGCUAAUCAACUAAACCAAGCAGGAGAGAGAGUAUCGAGGAUGGGGGAUAUGGCUGACAAAACACUGCACUGAAAUAUCAAUCUGGAGAAACAAUGGGCAUGCCCACAACCUCUAAGAAUGCUGAGACAUGGCUGAGAGACCGAGCCUAGGAAUCCGUGGGAUAGGAGAAGGGGCUGAGGUAGACACCAACAGCACAGGAAAUCUAUUCAAUGAUGUUACAGCAAAAAUUCUCAAAAUCUGGACAUUCAAACACAAGACGCAAUUAGAACUCCAAGUGGACAUGGCCAGGAAAGCCCUUUUCUCGGAUGUGUUAUAGUCAAAAUGUCAACAAUACAAAGCAAAGAAGCCAUACUAAAAGCUGCAAGGAGAAAACUCGUAAAUACAAACAUCAGAAUAACAUCAAAUUUCUUCUUGUCAGCAGCCCUAAAAUCCAGGAAAGUAGGAGGGUAUUGUAGCACAAAUCUUAAAAGUACUUAUUAAUAAAAUCAAACCUAAAGCCAGGUAUUGAGGUGAAUGCUGAAAGAUCAGAGAAGCAGAACAAGCCACAGCCACCUCACCUCGCCAGUUCCUCAGCUGAUCCUGUUUCCUCAGACUGGAAGCCUCUGAGUCUUCAUCCAAAUGGAUCUCAGCUGAACUGCUGCUCAAAAGCCUAAAAGCUUAACCAGCUAAAAGCUUCUAGUUUCUGGUCUUCAUGCCUUAUAUACCUUUCUGCUUUCUGCCAUCACUCCCUGGGAUUAAAGGCUCAUUUUCUGGGAUUAAAGACGUGAGUCACCAUGUUUGGCUGUAUCCUUAACCACACAGAGAUCCAGGUAGAUCUCUGCCUCUGGAAUGCUAGAAUUAAAGGCGUGUGCUACCACUGCCUAUCCUCUAUGUUUGAUAUUGUGACUGUCCUGUUCUCUGACCCCAGAUAAGUUUAUUAGCGUGUACAAUAUUUUGGGGAACACAAUACCACCACAGGGUAUAUUUCAAACUCUGAAAGUAAGUAAUUGCCAAGCAAGUUUGUUAUAUCCAAUUAAACUAUCUUUUUAAAUCGGUGGGUAAAUAAGGGCACUUCAAGACAAGCAUAAACUAAGACAGUUUAGGAUAUUAGUCUGGUACUGUAGAAGAUAGGAAUACACAGAGGUGAAAGAAAUACAGUCUUAAUAUUUCUCUUUUAUGAAGCAGUUUGAGUAAUAUUGGUACUAGGUCUUCCUUAAAAGUUUGGGAGAUUUUUCAGUUUAUUUUUUUAAGGUGAGUUUUUAUAGUUUUCCUUGAUGAGGAUGGAGAAACUGAGAGAUUGCUCCAUGGGCAAAGCAUUUGCUGCACGAGUGUGAGGAAUUGAAUAUGGAUAUGCGUUGCCCACAUAAAUGCCAGGCAAGUGUGGAGGCCACCCUGUACUACCAGUUCUGGGGAGGCAGAGACAACAGAUUCCUGGGGCAAGCAGAGCCAGUUAGACUAGAUGAAUCCAAAAGCUCCAGGUUCAAGCUCCAGGUUGAAGCUUUGCCUCAAAAUACAAGGUAAAGAGUAAUUGC